CGUGCGCGUUUUCAAUUUUAUUUAUUCGAUUUCGGGUUUAACUCGACCGACGCGGUUUCUCUGUACUGUCGGUGUUUUAUUGUUAUUCCCGUCAUGGUCGAAGAUAGCCGCUUUCUGUCGAAUACCUGAAUGUAUGACGGUUCUCAUCGCGGUAGCGCUUUGUUGUUUUGCGCUACACCUCCGCUUUCGUUUAGUUUACAACAGCCAUCUCUGCUGUAAGUUAUUAAGUUUAACUGAAUUAUUUUUAUCAGACAUGAUACUAAUUCUCGGUCAUUUGAAAAAAAGAAAUAAUACUUUAGUGCCGUUGCAACAUAUAUUUUGAGAAUUGUUCAAAGAACGAUAGGCCUGCGUAUAAUGGAUUUACACAAAUCUGACGAGAUGGUGGAAACGCUAUCAACUGGUUUUCAAAACCUUUACAACAAGUACACCAGAUCAGAAAACGGACCGCAGGACAACGGCAGAUGUAGUAUAUACAUAGUGCCGGUGAACAAAAAAUCCUCCAAUACCACUGACGACACACAAGGUUUUCAGCGAUAUCGUCCAAAAGCCCGCAAAUCUUUUGUGUUCAAUGUAAAACAACUGUGCCAAUCCAAACAUUGGAAAUGGGAAAUUAUGAGACAGAGCCGAUUGCGUCCAUCCACAGGACAGGGUUGUCCGAUCUGCAUACCCAACACGUCGAGGGGUAAUGAACGAGUCGUAUCGAAUUUAAAGAACUUAUUGGACAUAUACAACAUCGGCGCCGUUAAAAAGUCAAUGUUUGGUAGUUUUGUCGACGAUUUAAAGUUUUUCUAUCAGCUCAAAAGCCAAGAGUACAAAUACAUAUAUGACGAAGUUCUGGAAGAUGAAGUUGUAGUGAAAGCAAUUAGCACAGUCGCACGUAAUGUGUGUGAUGAUUCGGCGGACGGCGAUAGCCGAUUUGACGAAGAGACGAGAACACAGCAAGCAAACACGAGGCGCAUACUAACGGUCAUAAGUGCAAAUGCGAAAAACUGGGUCUACAAGGUAAUCGGUUGGUUCACGUACCGGGUGAUCUCGUUGUUGGCGACUAGCCUCGUGGUCCAGCCUUCUCAAAUCGACAGGGUCAGGGAAGUAGAACAGAGUGGCCUACCCGUUAUUUAUUUACCGUUGCACAAGAGUCACAUGGACUAUAUACUUUUGGGAUUAGUGUUGACGAUGAAUAACAUCAAACCACCUCUAGUAGCGGCUGGAGAGAACCUUAGGGUUUUCUUCAUUAGUAAACUGUUGAGUUUUUUGGGAGCGUUUUACAUCAAGAGACAUGUAGAUACAAAAAAAGAUCAAUUGUAUUGGUCAGUUUUGAGCAGUUAUAUUAAAAACAGUAUGAAAAAUGGACACCAUAUAGAAUUCUUUUUAGAAGGUGCCAGAACUAGAAGUGGAAAGUGUGGCGUACCUAAAGCUGGUUUAUUGAGUAUCAUAGUGGAUGCUUACCGUGAAAAAGUUAUUGAAGAUGCGUGGAUUAUCCCUGUUUCUAUGAAUUACGACCGAAUAUUGGAAGGUAAUUUUGUGAGAGAACAACUUGGCCAACCAAAAAAGAAGGAAACUUUUUUUGUUGCAAUAUCAACAUUCAUUAAAGCUAUUUGCUCACACUAUGGAAUUAUGAGAGUGGAUUUUAAUAAGCCUUAUAGAUUACGAGAUUUAUAUGAAUCAAUUGAUAAAUUGACACAAUUAGAAAAUGAAUCAUUAAAUAAGAAUGGUAUGGAAGUGAUGUCUGCAACUAUUUCUUAUAAAAAUACAGUAGACAAAAUGGCAAAACAUAUUGUUUAUGAUUGUUGGAAAUCAACUCCUAUAAUGUCAACACAUGCAGUGUGCUUUUUACUUUUGAAUAAGUAUAGAAAUGGUACUACUUUAGAACAAUUGGCUAAGGAUAUAUUGAAUUUGCGUAGUAAAUUGACUCAAGGCGAUAGAGAUAUUGGUUUCAGUGGAAGGUCCAUAGAAGUUAUCAAACAUGCAAUUAAUCUUUUAGGGCCAAAAUUAGUUGUAUAUGAAAAUACUGACGAGGGCUAUUUUAUUAAACCAAUUCUCGAUGUAUCAGCCUUAAUAGAACUGUCAUAUUACGCAAAUAAUCUUAUUUCCCAUUUUAUGCAUCAAUCAAUAGUGGCUCUUUCAAUAUGUAAAUUAGUCGGUAUGGAUUUUUUGAACAAAACUAUAACAGAAACAAAAAUCUCAAGGAAUGAAUUGGUUGAAGACGUAUUAUUUCUUAUCAAUUUAUUACAAUUUGAUUUUGUUUUUAUUAAACCUUGUGAUAGUCUUGAUGAUAUUGUGGAAACAGUGAUUAGAAAUUUCGAGGAAGAGGAAAUUAUUUUGAUCGAUAUGAUGCUCGAAGAAGAGAGACAUGGCCAUAAUUUAGCAAAAUUGUUAAAUUGUGAUUCCGAUGAUGAUGAUUAUCCACAGCCACAUGUUGAAAUUGAUGUUAAAUAUCGCGUUAACAUUAAUGAAGAUAGUUUGAAUAGAUUACAUUUUUAUCGAUCAGUUAUGAUGCCAUACUUAGAAUGUAUGGCUGAAAGUGCUGGAAGUUUUCUUGCUUUGUCAGAAAAUUCAGUGACAGAACGUGAGCAUAUACAAACAAUUUUAAACCAAAUGCAUGAAAAUUUAGAAGAGGGUAUUUUGUCAUGUGGUGAAAGUAUAUCUGUGGAUACCAUAAAACAUUCGUUUUUAGCGUUUGAAAGAUUUAAUUGUUUACAAAUUACAACAAAAGACAAUAUUAAGACAUUACAUGUUGUUAAUGACCAAUCCAGUGAGGUAAAUACUGGAAUGCAGAAUAUGUCAGAAUAUAUUGAAGAAUUUGUAAAGCAAAUAAUUUAAAGUUGUAUUAAGUAAUGUGUGUUUAAUUAUGUUAUCUUAUUUAAAACUAAAUUGUACAGUUAUUAAAUUACAAUUGGAUUAACUGGUUU